AUGUCCAAGCGUAAAAUGCGCGGCCGUCAGCAACAUUCUGUGGUGGCGAUGACAAUGCUGACGCUUCUUAUCCUCGCAGUUGGUGUUCACGAAACGUCUAGUUCCACAAUUGCAUGUCCUGUUUGUUUCUUCAAGUGCCCUCCCGUGGAAUGCGCUGAUGGCCAGGAGCCUGCAGAAGUGACUCUUACCUUACAUGAAAAAGAGUGUGAUAUUCUUCAGAUGACGAGAGACAAUGUUGAGGAGAUAGCACGACAUGGCAAGUACAACAUGCACGUUCUUGUUAUGACCCCAUAUCCAAAAAGCCGUAACCCUUAG